AUGGAUAACCACCGCCGCCAGUCAGGACUAACCAAGUCGAUCCAGUCCGCCCUCCUCCACGACCCCGACCGCUUCAAGAAGACCGUGUUUAAACGUUUCCUGUUCUUCUUCCGGGUCUAUAACAUUAAGCUCAUUCGGUAUGAGCGACAAUUGUUUGCGAAUCUGCGUCAAGAGGUGUGGUGUUUCGACGAGGACGAAUACCUGGCCAGUUUCCGCACGACCAGCGGACGGGCGCCCUUGAAGGCGAUGGGGGACUUGGGAUACUCGGGAUCGACGUUCUUCGGUACCCUAGACGGCCACUUCGUCAUCAAAAGCCUCCCACGCCGGUUCGAGCAUUCCUUCUUCCAAGCUGAUCUGCUCGAGCCGUACUACGACUAUAUGCGCGGACAUCCAGACUCAGUGCUAGUAUGGAUCACUGACUAUGUGAUGGCACCCUAUGUUACGAUUGGAACGUUGUUGGGCUGCACUCCAGCACACCAUAUCGUCAUGGAGAACAUCCUCUACGGCCGCGACGACGAUCCGGCGGGCGACAAGUGGGAAACGUACGAUCUGAAACCAACCGACUAUUUCUACCCCGAGCGAGACCUGCUCCCCGAGCCGCUAGUCAGCGACGUUACCCUCAGCAGAUUGGCAGAUACAUUCGACGACAAGCUUCGUCUACGGCGCGCAGACUACGAAGCUUUCUGGCGGUGUAUCCAGGAUGAUACGCAGUUCUUGCAAGAUGCAAAUGCAGUCGACUACUCACUGUUUCUGGUACGUAUACCGGCAUCUUCUUCACCUCCAGUACUGGGCAGAAAGAGUCCCUGGAGGGAGGGACUGAGGUCUGGCGAUGGGAAAUGGAAGUACCGUGCUAUUCUGCUGGAUUUCUUCUGGGCGAGACACAAGUUCCAUGCGCACGCGCUCUCAGGCGUCGUGCAGACUUUCAAUGUUGUUGGACGCAAAGGGCCGAUGUCCAUCACAACCACGGCGAGCGAGUAUCGCCAGAAGUUCCUUGCCAUGGUCGACCAGAUGAUCGAAGUGACUUGA